AUGGGGAUCUUCACCUUCUCUGCUCUGAUGCACUCUGUGGAGAGAGACGAACCCGGGACUCCCUUCAGAAGCAUCCCCGAGACCUGGUGGUGGGCCGCGGUGAGCAUCUCCACGGUCGGCUACGGUGACGUGGUCCCGGUCUCGUACCUGGGGCGCUGCGUGGCCUUCGGCUGCAUCUCGUUCGGGAUCAUCCUGAACGGAAUGCCCAUCUCCAUCCUCUUCAACAAGUUCUCCGACUACUACGCCAAACUGAAGGAGCAGGAGUUCACCUACUCCAACACCGAGCGCACCUUCCAGCUUCGCAAACGCAUGAAGAGGCGCUUCCAGAGCUGCCUGGAGCCCGCGCCCAACGACGACUCUGACGACGACCUGCACUACCGCCCCACGGCCAUCCCCACACGGCAGGCGGACAAGCACUGA